AUGAAGAAGGUGACGCAGACGCAUCGACCUGCACGUGCCAUGGCGCCAUCCCGCAAUAUCGCACCACGAGUGAACACUGCAUCCGCAAAGAUGACGCCGAUCCAGUAUUGGAUUGAAUCGAUUCACGAAGAAUGCGUCGAAGCGAACCCGUUGCUACCGGACUGCUGUGUCUUUCCUGGGGGCGCGGUAUCGCUCACGGCAUCGGGAAUGUACCCAACGGCGGCGACCAACUCGCCGCCUGAGGUUGGCUUCCAAACAAUGUCGACGACAGCGCUCAGGGCUGCACUAACAGCAUCAGGAGCGAGCGACCAGUUUGGGGACGUGGGUGUCAAGGAAUGGCUUGCUUACGUGCCAACAGCCUCGUAAGAAUGCAUGUUGUUGAUACAUCCUGUCGCGGUCGGGAAGGUGUUACAUAGUAAUGCUACUCAGUUGUAACUCUAGAGACGCACAACACAACUGUUUGCUUCCAACUACCACAUCGCUAACGCAGUGAGCCGUGUUUGCCCCUUUUUUCAGCUAGAGUACCCCUUUUCUUGUCCGACCGGAUAAGCAGCGAUCGUUUUUGAUCGGCCGAGCCAGGCAGGAUGCAUGUUGGUUGCAAUAUGCGGGAAACUUUCUCUCUACAUGUGUUAUAC